CGAUGAUCGACUGAGCUAGCCGAAGAGCAAGUCCUGUAAUGGCGACGUGUCACCGAAACGACGUCGGAUCGAUAGUUCUAGAUCGCCCCAGCGGCGGACACUCCAAGCUGUGGUCCGCAUUUUCCGGCGCAACGUUACGCCGGAAAAUCAUCGACACCAUGCGCUGCGGCGGUGGUGGCAUUUCUCGGCAAGCCAGAACCACCAAAACGUCGUCGGAUCAUCAAACGCAACCAACUCAAAAACCCGAAUGUAAAUCGAAAUUGAAGAAAAGCGGUGUGUCCGAGAAGUUGUCGGAGCUUUUGAAAGUGUCGGAUUGGUCGGAGAAUGAGGAGGAGGUGCAGAAGAAAGUAGAGGAGUUGAAGAGAGUGGUUAAGACGUUACAGAGUGAAAACGACGGUGUUUUGGAAGGGGCCAUGGAGGUGAGGAGGCUUACGAAGGAAGACUCAGAGGCGAGGACAACCUUAGCUUUGGUGGGAGCGAUUCCACCGCUUGUGGCGUUGCUGGAUUCGGAGGAUAUUGGGUCUCAGAUCGCUGCUUUAUAUGCUCUGCUUAAUCUGGGGAUUGGAAACGAUGGGAACAAAGCUGCCAUUGUUAAAGCAGGGGCUGUUCAUAAGAUGCUAAAGCUCAUUGAACAUCCAAAUGGUUCACCAAACCCGGCUGUUGCUGAAGCAAUAGUUGCCAAUUUUCUUGGUUUGAGUGCGCUAGACUUGAAUAAACCCAUUAUUGGUUCUUCGGGUGCAAUCCCUAUUUUGGUGAAAACCCUUAAAGAUAUGGACAAGGGGAGCAGUUUUCAAGUGAAACAUGACUCUUUACGAGCUCUAUACAAUCUGUCAAUCUUGCCUUCGAACAUUUUGCCAAUUCUUGAGACUGGUUUGAUUCCUUUUCUCUUGUGCUUACUGGGGGAUAUGGAAGUAAGCGAAAAAAUCCUCUCGAUUCUAAGUAAUGUAGUUUCUCAGUCAGAGGGACAAAUGGCGAUUAGCAUUGUGCCGGAUGCUUUCCCAAUUUUGAUUGAUGUGUUGAAUUGGUCCGAUUCACAGGGAUGCCAAGAGAAGGCAUCAUACAUUCUAAUGGUGAUGGCUCACAAAGCAUAUGGAGCUAGACAGGCCAUGGUUGAGGCUGGAAUUGCUUCAUCCUUGCUUGAAUUAACACUUCUAGGUAGCACAUUAGCACAGAAGAGGGCAUCAAGGAUCUUGGAGUGUUUGAGAGUAGAUAAAGGGAAGCAAGUUUCGGAAAAUUUUGGUGGAGGAUUGAGUGCCACAGUUUCCGCUCCAAUAUUUGGGUCUUCAUCGUCGGCUGUAGACCCAAAUCAUCAAUUGAAGGAGUAUUUGGGGGAGGAAGAUGACAUGAUGAGUGAAGAGAACAAAGCAGUGAAAAUUUUAGUUCAACAGAGCUUGCAGAACAACACGAGGAAGAUAGUGAAGAGGGCCAAUCUGCCACAAGAUUUUGUUCCAUCUGAUCAUUUUAAGUCUCUCAUCACAACAAGUUCAACAUCCAAGAGCUUACCAUUUUGAGGGGGAUUGGAAGAAAAUUCUGGAGUUAUGUUAUCUUCCUCAUAUUGAAUUAGGUGGCUCGAGAAUUCCAUGGUUAUCAUCUAUCUAUAGAAAUUUUGUCAUGUUGGUGAUAUAUCCCUUUUCUGUUACAUAGAUGUUGAUGGCUUCAUGUGUUCUCUGUAAAAUAUUUGGGUGAAAUGUUGAAUAUAAAUAAACUUGUGAAAU